GGUGUGGAUGACGCCUCGGAUUUAGGAGGAUGGGAUUGUGCAAACAGUCAACUGACUGUCAGAUCAGCGCAGUGGCAGAGAAUGGGACAGCGGGGGUAGUCUCCAGGAGGUGGGGACUGUCCCAUGUGUCGACUGUCUGAUGGAGAGAAGAGGGGCACCGCACAGUGAGUAUGAAAGGACAGAGAGUGUGAUGCAGAGAGAGACUGCAGGCAUGCAGCCGCGCAGAGGAGCAUAUAUGUUUAAAGAGGCUGCAGCAGAGUGGGCUACAGAUGAGGUGUGUUAAGCAUGACAUCCCCAGACACCUGAGGUUAAAGAUUGGUCAAGCAUGUGAUUGGACAACAGCCCUCAAAACCUGCAGCAUGUGACUUUGCGGUGGAGCUUGUAGACCCUCGCCAUGCUCUCUAUGUGGAAUCUUUAUCUUCUUCUCCCCCUCUCCUUGCCAUUCUCACUUCAUGUUAUAGCCUUCCCUGAAGGAAAUGUCAAGGAAACACAGGAGUCAGACGCUGACAAAGCAGUGCAGCGUCUCAUUCAGCCCCCACAGAGACCUCAUGGAUCUGGUUUAGCAUUGGGGAACCCCAUGCUUGGGACAGAGAAUGGUGACUUCCUGGCUCUACCUGUGAGUUGGCCCUUAUCGUCAUCAGAGGAAUCAGAUAGACAAGGUGUGAUUGGUGAAUACAUCGAUUUACUGGAAAGCACAGAGAUGUCUCUUUUGGCUCAACCAAUAAGCUCAUCAUCAGGAAGAGUACAAACAUUAAAGUAUCAGCCAACAAAGAAAAAUACUGGAUCUAUAUUCUAUUCUACACAGGCCGGAGAGAAUCAGCCACCUUUCCCAGUCUCACAGAAUGAGACGACUGAUAGCAAGUUACCUUUUCUUUUGUCUGGCUCACCUUCAUCAGACCAGGAUUCCACUUCACUGCUGUCUGCUGGACCUGGACCCAACCCUGACCACCCAACUCCACCAGUAGUCCAUUUGGGAUGGACUGCAGCCCCACCUGUUAUCACGCAGGGAGAGACAGGGGAAGGGAUUAAUAUUACUGGUCAUAUUUUACACAAUGGAGCUGACAGCAUCGGGGCAGUUAAAGGUGACUCCAAGGAUGAUGACCUGCUUCCCUCAAAGACAAGUGGCACACUCUUGAUUGAUGGUAACACAGCCACUUCUGCCACACCCUGCAAAACAUCAAACCAGUCUUGGACUCCCACCUACCCAGAUGAUUUUACCCCAAACGAGUCCCUGCGCCCCGCUCUGGCUCUCAGCCCUGCCCUUUUUGUCCCUCUGUACACAGACUGGAACUCUGCCCUGGCCACAUGGGGAUUUGCAUGGGAAGCACACAUCUAUGGCCUGGGGUCUGUCUUUACUGUAUUUGGCCUAAUCUCUGUGGUCUGCCUGCUAGGCAUGCCCCUGCGCUGUCCACCAGGAAGCCCCUACUUCACCCUGUUGCACCUGUUCCUCCUAGCAUUUGCAGGGAUCCAAGCUUUCUGUUUACUCUAUGAUGCUUACAAUCACCAAGAUCGUCUUCCCCCUCUGGGCUCUCUGCUGCUCUCUGAGCUGCCGUUCCCCUGUUUGAUCUCAGCCUUCUCCCUGGCCUUCCUUCUUCUUUCCUUGCGCUCACGCAUGCAUCUUUCACUCCCACUUGCUAAUUCAACCUUGUUCUCAGCCUUGCCUAAACCUUGCCUAUUACUGUGUAUGUCCUUGUUGUAUUCUGGGCUCUCUCUAGGGUGUGUUGGCAUGCUCCAGCUCUUCCACAAUCUCCCCUCCGUGAUCCUGCUAUUCCCUCAGGGUGUGUUUGUAUGUCUUACUGUCUUUCUCUCAUGCUCCUACCUCAUCUUCUACUGCUUAAUGCAAUUCAACACGAAACACAUCUACAGGUUGAAUGACAAUGGGGAGAGUGGAGGAUCUCCUCAAGUGAUGCAACCUGUAAGUUGCCCCUUUGCCAAAGUGGAGGACUGGGACAGGGCAGCAGGAGCUGGAGUAGGGGCUUCAUUGUGUUUGUUAGGCUGUGGAGGCCUCCAGCUUUAUGGGAUCCUGCAUGCCCUUGGUUUAGGUGGGGUUAAUGUCUAUGGGUUCCAGCCCUGGCCAUGGUGGGGUUACCAGGUAGGCUGCAGGCUCUGUGAGAUUGGUGUGUGUCUAGGUUUGUCUCUCAUUGGUUCACACCCUCUAUUCUGUCACAACAACUCCUCCAUCAAGACCAUAACGCAUCCCCGGCCAGGAUCUUGGUCCCGACUCUCCUGCAGCUCCCCUUCACGGGGACUCACCCUUCCCUCUCAGGGAGGGGCAGAUUCUCCUGUCCUCUCCUCUCAUGAUUCUUGGUCCCAGGGUAAGCAGGAAAAGCUGGUGGUCUGUGAUGUCAUCACUAAGGGACAGUCAGAGGCUCUUCCUCUUUUCUCAAUGGUGGAUCCGCCUGGAAAUGGUCUAGACUGUGUCCCCAAGUCCAGCCAAACUUGGAACCUUUUACUACCUCUCCCUACACCCCCAAGCCCCCCACACAAGCCUGAAGAUGCAGUUGAGUCUCAGCUUUCAUCACUGGAUAGCCUAGGACUGGAGACUGACUCUACUGUGGACCUACGGCCCCCAUCUCCCAUAGACUUGUCCCGCAGCAUUGACCAGGCUCUGUUCAGUGAAUCCCUAUUCUCUCACAGUAUCUUUGGUUUGCCAAGACUCUGCCAUACUUCUUCCACCCUCUCUUUGAGCUCUCCUAGCCAAAGCACAUCAAAGCAAGGGCAGAGCUCUGUGGAAAAUGCCCUAUACCGAACCUCUUCCUGUGGUGACGUGGAUCAAGAGAACACCAUGUCCAGUUCAAGACCUUCCCAGCCACAUGGCACUAUGACAUCUCACAGCAAGCCAGCAAUUUCACCAGAGCAAUGGGAUUGGAAAGGGAGCGUCUCUGGCUCAACCCAGGGUCUGUGCAACAAUCCCAAGGAGACAGGAAAGCUUCGCUCACAUUCCUGGGCCAAUCGAGGUCAAAACUUUGCUCAGAGCAGCCUUCCAAGAGCGAUCCCCCACCUGUCUUACCACAGGCGAUACCGAACCCUGAGUUUAGCCUCCCAGGACAGUCAUGGAUCUUGCCGGCUGGCAGGGACGAAACACCUCAGUGAAAGCAAACAGCUGGAAUGGGAUCUGGCUGUGCAGGCUGAAUUUGUCAACGUCUGCAGACAAAUAGACACUCUGAGUGUUUGCAGUGACACCAUUGAGUUGUAGAAAGUUAUUGUGAUUGAAAUGCACAUUGUAAAGAAAUAGCAGAGGGAUUGAAAAUAAUAAAGAAAGAGGGGUAGGCCAUUAUUGACACAAUAUAUUGACCCAGUUUUCUAUAAAUACUGUCUUGUAGAUAUUAAUUAUAUUCAAAACUUGAUUUUAAAGACUAUCUCCAACACACUGAUUUCAGCAGCUUCAGGAAGCCCUUCUCAUUGCAGUGAUGCUUUUUUUUCAUUGUGGCAGUAUUUUUUUUUUUAAAUGUUCAUUCCAAUUACACAUUCAUGGAUGUCAAAGAUCAAUAUAAUGAUAAAGAGGGCAAAUCCUGUCAAGAACUUCAGCAGGAUUUUUAAUAUUUGUAUAACUGACAUGUUGACCUUUUUUAUAUUUGAAGACAUUCCUGCAGAGAGAAAUUGAAAGGUAUAUACAGAUAAAGGAGAGUCGUCUUUAAUAGUGUGUGGACAAAAUAUGGGCUUAAACAAAGUUUCAUUCUACAGCAUUGAUGUACUGUUGUGUUUUCAGUAAUAGAAAAAAGUUAGACUUGCUCAAUGAGACUGAAUAGGCCUCUCUGACCCAUUGGGAUUGUAUGGACACAGUCUACAGUGAUAAACAAUAACAAUGCAAAUUAAAAUGUAAUUCAUGAGAGGGAGCUAUUUGUGAUUGUGAAACAUAAUAUUAUGCAAAUGCAUGAUAAGAACUUUGUUGGCCAUUUAAUUGUGUAUAGAGUUCAAAUUAAAAAUACUUCAUCAAGGGAACAGACAUUUUGGGAUGUCAUGCUUCCCUUACAGGAUUAUCAUAUUAUUUCAGUGUGGUGUAAUAAACUUGGGAAAUCAAGGAAAAUUAAUAUACAGGAUGUGUUUAUCUUCUAUGUUUUUGUAUUGCUUAGCCAGCCAAUUUUAGUUUCAUGUAUAGUCAAAGUUGUAACAAUCUGAGCUUUUUUAACAGUGGACAGCUAACUGUGGCAAUAUGUUUUUUCACGGUUGGAGAAUGUACUGCUCUCUAGUGGCGAUAAGCAGAAAAACAUUAUUUUUCUCUCUCUAUAUAUGCUCUUUUUCUGUAGAGAUUACAAGAAUGUAAAAACAAUAUAGAAAAAAUGUCAAAACUAUCUUUAUUCAUGCAGCACUAUUUACAGUAAAUACAAUUUUGAAGCCUUAGGGUGGGGAAUAGAAGACAAUAUUUAUAUUUUCUGUAAUCUUUACAAAAUUAUUAUGAAACUGUCAAUUAUAAUGUUAUCAAUCACCACAAUAGGUCAGUAAAUUGGUUACAUGUUAUUGCAAAAUUAAGACCCACUGUAUAUCAUAGAGAGAUAUAUGUAUGUAACACCAAAAGUAUUGAGUAUCCCCCCAAAAAAUAAAUAAAUCACAUUUAAAACUGAUAAAUCAAUCAAAAAAGUACAUUUAACCUGGACCAUUCGUUUGUUUCUAUCCUAUUCACUGGCGUAUAGCCCUAUUUUACUGACAUGUCAUUUCAUUUUGAAUUCUGAGCCUGAAAAAAGACAAAUAACAUCUUAAAUAAUGUAAUAUAUACAGGUAAUAGCCAUGUCAUUAAUUUUGUGUUUUUGCAAAAUGAAAUUAUGGAAGAUCACAACAAGUCAAGCCAAUGUGACUCAGACUAAUUUGUGUUUGUAAAAUAAAAGUGUGAAUUAUGUAUGGAAAUAUAAUCAGAAAACUGAAAUGUAAAGUGUGGAUAGUUUUCUGUUUUUUCAUUAAAACAUGGUUGUCUAGUAUUUCCUGGACCAAAUAAGAUGGACAGAGAAAAAUCCAGAGUGAGAUUACACAUGACCACUCCUUGUUAAAAGUAUGUACAUAUAUAUGUGAAU